AUGACAACGACGACAAUUGGAGUGUGGUUAGGAUGCGAUCGCAGUGUGUGUAUUGAGUUUCUCCUUGACGGGACGGUGUGGUUGAGAAAUGGAAGCGGAGAUGGUGGCACGACAAUGGCACAGGAACGACAACAGUGCAAGCACGAUGAUGGCGACAGUACAUGCGGAGGGGUUGUAACUGGUUAUCGAAGAUCAAAAAUUGAUUUGCUAAAGAAGACAAAUCCAACUUCUGAUAAAAACUAUAAAGCUAGGAUAAUUGUGAAGAGGGAUAAGAAGCUGGAGUAUAUGUUAACCUCUGUUAACACUCAGCAUAACCAUGAUGUUAGUCUUAGCAUGGCAAAGUCUCUAAAGAAGAACAGGAAACUAAGUUUGCAUGUCAAAUGGAUAGCUGAGAUCAAUGAUGAAUCUAGUGUUACAAUGAGAAAUACCUAUCAAAGUUUUAGCAAUUGUGAAUGGUAUGAUAUGCCUUUUGUCUCAUUUGUUGGGGUUAACCACCAUGGCCAACCAGUGCUACUUGGUUGCGCUCUUCUUUCAUGCGAAGAAGAGAGCUCAUUUGUUUGGUUAUUUGAUAGUUGGAUCCGAUUCCAAAAGAGAUAUAAAUUGGAUAAUGCUACCUUUAAUAUCAUUAUCCAUUGUGUUACUGUCUCUCCAAUUGAGAAACAAUUUCAAACAAAAUAUACUCAUGGCAUGUUUAGUGAACUUCAAAAGAAAUUUAGGGCAACGAUUAAUUACAUUAUAACAAAAGAUCAUGAGGAGGGUUAUAUUAUCACUUACAAGAUUAUAAAAGAGAUUGAGCAUAAUGAUAAGAUGUUUGAUUCUAUGUAUGAGGUGCUAUUUGAUUCCUCAACUCCAAAUGUUUGUUGCCAAUACCAUCUUUUUGAGUCAAAGAAAAUCUUAUGCCGCCAUAGUCUUUUUGUCCUUGGUCUUGAAAGAGUGAAGAAAUUGCCAAACAAGUACAUCCAUGAUCGGUGGAAGAAAACUUUAAAGUGCAAGCACAAUAGCAUAAAGUGUAGCUAUGAUCAUUUAGAGCCCGCAAAGAAACAAUAUUAUGACAUGUGCAAGCAAUUUUAUAACAUUGCCGAAGUAGCUGCUACAUCUAAGGAGUUCACCAAAAUCGGAGUAUCAAGGAACAAUCAACUGGAUUUAUAUCCCUUUAAACUCAAUGUAACAAAGCUAUUAUUGAUCAAAAUUCGAAGCAUGGACAUAUCGUGCUAG